GUGUAAUUUUGGCUUAUAAAUGGGAUAACAUAAAAUCUCAAGGUCCGGGUACCCACCAUGGUGACCCGGCGGCGGAUAUUCAAUAAAUACCUGAUCGCCGGCGUCAUUACCGGCGCCGGAGUUACUUUCCAAACCCUAACCUCUAACUCCUUCCUUUCUUCCAUUGAUUCCCCUUUCAUCAACGGCGUCGUUCGCUCCUCCCGAGCUCUCUUCACCAUAACUUCCACUGUCAUCGACUACAAGUUCUCACUAUUCGGACUCAAUCCUCACACCGACGACUAUCGCCUUACUCUCUCCGAACUACAUCUACGAUCAGCAAAGAGAAUUCUAACGAUGUGCGAAGCAAAUAAAGGUAUUUACAUCAAAGCAGGUCAGUUUGUUGCUGCCAUUAGGCAAGUACCAAAAGAAUACUCAACAACACUUUCUUCAUUACAGGAUCACGCUAUCCCUUUUCAGUUUGAAUCGAUUAAGCAUGUGUUAGUUAGUAAUUUAGGUUUAAAUUGUUUAUCGGAGUUUUUUUUCUCCUUCGAUGAGGUUCCGGUUGCUGCUGCAUCUAUUGCUCAAGUACACCAUGCUGUUUUAGUAAAAGACCGCCAGGAAGUAGCGGUGAAGGUGCAGUAUCCUGGAUUGGAGUAUCAAAUGAAAUUUGACCUUGUAACUAUGUCUUUGUUGUCGAAAUCAGUUGGAUGGAUCUUCCCUGGAUAUAGGUUUCAAUGGCUUGUAACGGAAUUUGAAAAAUCUAUUGCUUCUGAGCUUGAUUUUAUUGCAGAGGCCAAAAAUUUGGAGAGGAUUAGGGAAAAUUUUAAGGAUAAUUCCAUGGUUAGGGUUCCGAAUGUGUUUUGGGAUUUUACGACAAGGCAGGUUAUGACGAUGGAGUUUUGCAGAGGUCGUAAAGUCGAUGACUUGGAGUUUCUGAAGGAAAGAGGAAUUAGUGAAGUCAAGGUUGCGAAAACUUUGGCAGAAGUAUUUGCAGAAAUGAUUUUUGUUCAUGGUUUUCUUCAUGGGGAUUUACAUCCUGGUAAUAUAUUGGUUUCUCCUGAAGGGAAGAAUGGAUUUUUGUUAGUGUUGUUGGAUUUCGGGAUUUGUAAACAGUUGAAUGAGGAUUUCAGAUUGAAGUAUUGCAAGCUUUGGGAGGCUUUGGUAGUAAAGGACUCAGCCAAAAUCCAGGAGAUAGGAGAAUAUUUUGGUGUUGGAAAGUACUCAAGAUACUUCCCUGUCAUAUUUACAGGAAGAACUAUUGACAGUAAAUCCGCACUUGGGGAAGGGAUGUCUGUUGAAGAAAGGAACAACCUGAAGCAGGAACUGAAGUCUCUUAAAAUGGAGGACAUAUCUUCCUUCAUGGAAUCUCUGCCUACCGAUUUUCUUACAGUAUUGCGGACCGAUGGGCUCCUAAGAUCUCUGACGAGCAAGUUGGGUGCUCCCUUGAGAGUCAGGUUACUAGCAUAUGCUGAGUAUGCACUUUAUGGACUUUCAUUGAAGGCUGACUCUAAAUCUGAUUCUGCCAUAGAAGUUGUGCUCUUUAGAUUCAAGAUUGGCCUCCGAUACAUCCAACUAAGACUCCUGUUUGGGAUAUUGGGGCUUGUUUCAUGGCUAGAAAACAUCAAACACACGUCAACUAGGAGGUUUAAAGAUUUUCUUGCCUCAGCUGGUUUUGUGGUAAGGAACUUAUACCGUCCUUUAUUGACCGCAUAAUUAAGUCUGGCCAGUUGUAAUAGUGAAGAAAUUGUCUCAUUUACAUUCAUUCACUUCUUAAGAAGCUUUCCUAAACAAAUGUCUCUAGGUGGCACACUAUAACUCUAGAGAGGAAAGUCUGUUUCUACGAACUCCAUCCGAUCAUCUUUAAGUGUUGUGUCAUGUCUCAUGUGUAGUCUAAAACUAGACUAAAACCUGUAAAGUCUUUUUUUUUUUUAACCUGUAAAGUCAAUUGCAAUUUUAUAGUAAUUUUUUCUCCCCCAAA